GUACUCUGCCCCAGGUUGGGACACCGGCGCCCCAGCAAGGCGUCAGUUUUACCGGCUAAGAAAUGGAUCCGUCUCGCCUAAUGUACAGCAUCACCAGCCAAGAUUCUCAGGCGGCAGGCCAAGAUUUUGACUCUGUCGGAAAAGAUUAUUUAUCCACCAGCCAAGAAUUCGAUUCUCUCUAUCAAGAAUUGGAUCUGAACUCUCUUAAUGAAGAUUUUCUUUCCCAGUCCAUGUCCAGUGCCAUGACAAAGACCUCUCUGGGUGCAUAUGAAUCCCGGACAACUUCUGAACCUGAGCAUCUGACCGAAGCCGAGCAAAUGGAGCUCAAAUCCGAGCUCACCAAAUUGGAGGAGGAAAUCGUAACGCUACGCCAGGUGCUGGCCGCCAAAGAGAAACGCUGUGGGGAGCUCAAAAGAAGGUUGGGCUGCACGGCUUUGGUGGGGUUGAAACAGAAUCUGUCCAAGAGCUGGCAUGAUAUUCAGGUCUCCAACACUUACAUGAAACAGAAGACAUCAGCCGCCCUGUCCACCGUGGGCUCUGCCAUCUGCAGGAGGCUUGGAGACGUGAAGAAGUCAGCCACGUUCAGAUCUUUGGAAGGUCUGAUGGGGACAAUCAAGUCCAGAGUCGCAGGUGGCAGAGACCUUGGCAAUGACAGCCUUCCUUCCUCGCCAGGGAGUGGAGAUGACCCACUCCUGGUUCCAGAGAGUGGGGCUGACCCAGUUCCAGGGAGUCAGGAUGACCUGCUUUCCUUUCUAGAGCCAGAAUGAGCCUCUUGGUAACCUCGCCUGGCCACCAAACCAGUACAAGAGCCCCCGUCCUUCAUCGCACUUGCGACUCUGCCCAACUAAAACCAGCAACCAAAUCACAAUGGUAAAGUGAAUUCAGGAAAUGGACAGAGUUCGGCUUUGAGAAAAAAUAAUGUCCCUUUGUAUGUAGAUAUUUACUGCUGUUGAAUGAGAGAACCCCAAAGUUUUGUACUUUUUGGUUAUUUUACACUAAAGUUUGUAGACAAAAAUGCAUCCCUAUGCUAGCUUUUCUGAGGUCUCAUACAAUGGCUAGGACAAUGGCUCCAUAAGAUAGUCUGGAAAACUAGUCUAUUAGAAGGCCAAAGUAGAUUUCUGUCUACAACUGGUAAAAGUUAUGAAAUAAUGUGCAGUUUUAUUCACUCCCUAUUUCUUCGUUUUCUAAGUCUCUGAAGGAACCCAGACAUCUUGAAAGCUUCACCUGGCCUAUAAUUCUUAUUUUUAAAUGAUGAUAAAGAAAAAUGUCCAUCUUCUUUGACACCUCCAGAGAGGGGAAAAGUAUUAGUAUAUUGAUUGAUAAAUUUGCAUUAUAAAUUUCAUAGAACUUAUUUUUUCAAAGCUCUCAUCCCAAAGCAAUAGCUUCAAUUUAUGAGAUUGCUAGUACUUUGAACUCAAGCUGAAAUGGCAACUUUACUUUGUCUUGUACCUUGUUUCUUAUCACUUUAUCACAAUGAGGAUUUUAAAGUUUAAACCUUGUAGCAGCAUGUCUCUGCCCCAGCAAAACGAAGAUUGCUUCCUUGUUCUGCAGCAUUUCCCAGUUAGUAACCACCUCCAGCUGAGGGGCUACAGAAAACAGUACAGCUAAAUCAAUAAAGAUAAGCCCCUAUCUUAGGCAACAGUUAAAAAAGAGUAUCUGUCCCCUGUAAUGCUGGCUGUUAGGCCUUUGAUUGGACCAAACUCACUACUGUCCUUGACUCCAAUCCGUUCUUGUUUUUAACCCCAAAUGAGAAGCAGAAACCAGGAUGGUAGGAAUUGUAGGUACCUGGUUUGAGUUUGUUUAAACUUUCUGGUAUCAAAUUUUCAUAGGAGCUGCGUGAUGUUUCUUGUUUGUUUGUUUUCCCUUUCCAUUUUCAAAUACCAAGACCUGGCAAAUUCUUUCAUUCCUCUAAUCACACUGCGCGAGGUAGACAUUGUGUUUUAUUGGCUCUUAGUAGAGAGGCUAGGGCCUUUAUUUGCUUGGGUACAUUAAUGACCUCUCACUGCAUAAAGGUGAUUCUUCCAGCCUAAAAAGGUGAUCCUGUUUUGUUGAUUCUUGAAGAACACUCCCCCUACAGUCUUUGGGUUUUCCUACAAGCAAAAUGGAACACCACUAUAAAUUCUAAAGCCCUUGUUAAGCGGUAAAGUCACUGAUGUGUCCCUGACUUCUACAAAUUUCUGAAGACAAUGGUUUGCUUGUAUUAAAAUAAGACUUUCAACUAUUUUACAUGUUUGUUUAUUAAUUUGUUGUAUUUAUCAACCAACAUGGCUUUCUGUGUUGCAGAACAAUAGGCAAACAUGCAGUGCGUGAGAAAUGAAAAUAGCCCAACAAGCAUUCAACCUUGCAUUUCUGAAAGUCCUGUUGUGUUAAGGACAAUCCCAGGCUGACAUAAUUGAUCAAAACCAAAACAUGUUUUAUUUAAUAAUUCACAGAAGUGAGGGCGGACACUUAGUGCAGCGGUUAAGUCGCCAGUUGGAUUGCCCUCAUCCCAUAUUGAGUUUCUGGUUUGAGUCCAGCCACUCCACUUCUGCUCCAGAUCCUUGUUAAUGGCCUGCCUGGGAAAAGCAGCGAAAGAUGACCUGAGUGUUUGGGCCCUUGCCAUCCACGUGGGAGACCCCGAUGAAGCUCCUGACUUCAGCCUGGCUUUGGCCUGGCCCAGCACGGGCCAUUGCUGGGGAGUGAAUCGGCAUAGAAGUUCUCUAUUUCUGUUUCUGUUUCUCUCUUUGUAAUUCUGAUUUUCUAAAUAAAUAAAUAAAUCUUUAAAAAAAAA